GAUAGAGAUAGGAAGAAAAGCGGGAACCGUUGUCUUGGAGUCGGUACUCUACCCUCGGUCGUCGACAGUCCGCGUCCUGGUGUCUGCGCCUUAUUGUUAGAGAGGGAAUUCCGAAGAGUGUAGUGUACGGUCCGUAUAUGUACCGUUGUCCGCAUCCGUUGAAACGAUAGAUGAUCGUUCGAGCAUAAUCGCCCCUGUCACUCAACGGGUACGCAUAUACAGCACACACAACGAUGGAGGUAUUGAUACACGAAGCGAGCAACCGGCAGGAAAUCAGGGCGAGCGAGCCGACUUGCACGAUUGAUCUUAAAUCCGCGUCCAAAGCAAAACGAGAGGAUAUCGAUACGCCUCAGAUUAAGCAUAAAGAUAACAAAGAACCAGUCGACAUCAUCUUCGAGAACAUCACUUAUACCGUGAACCUCGGCUUUAGGAAAGGCAACAAAGAGAUUUUACACGGGAUUAAUGGAAGACUUCCCAGCAAACAGUUGAUCGCUCUGAUGGGACCAUCUGGUGCCGGGAAAUCCACGUUACUCGACAUCUUGUCCGGAUUUCGCAUAACCGGCGUCCAGGGUGUUGUACUAAUUAACGGUCGCGUCCGGAAUCUCAAUUCCUUCCGAAAGUGUAGUGCGUACAUUACGCAAGACGAUCGAUUGGAACCGUUGCUCACCGUCAUUGAAAACAUGAGAGUCGCCGCCGAUUUAAAGCUUCCGUCAAGCACGUCGCGAUACGAGAAAGAAAUUAUUAUCGAAGAAAUUCUCACGACACUUGGCUUAUAUGAACACAUGUAUACGAGGUCCGGUAGAUUAAGUGGCGGACAAAAAAAACGGCUAUCUAUUGCAUUGGAGUUGGUCAACAAUCCCACGGUCAUGUUCCUUGACGAGCCGACAACAGGUCUAGACAGUUCAUCUUGCACGCAAGUCGUAAACUUACUGAAAGUACUGGCGCGACAAGGGAGGACAAUAAUCUGCACUAUCCACCAGCCUAGUGCGUCCAUAUUUCAACUCUUCGAUCAAGUGUAUGUCAUAGCAAAGGGGGAAUGUCUGUACCAAGGAACAACGAACAAAUUGCUGCCUUAUUUAGAAAGCAUAAAAUUAACAUGCCCUAUGUAUCACAAUCCCGCCGAUUACGUAAUUGAACUCGCUUGCGGAGAGUACGGCGAAGAUAAAAUUGACACGUUGAGAAACGGAUCGCAAAAUGGAAGCAAUUUGCAGUGGUUUGAAAAUUCGGCAGAUCUGAUGGAUGCGAAAAGUUUGAGAGCGGCGCGUCCUUUGACAAAUAAAUUCCAAGAUAACAGCGGCCUGCACGCGACUAGUCUCGCUCAUCAAAUCAAAAUCUUGCUAAGAAGAGGGUACAUCACGUGUAAACGAGAUACGACACUGACAUAUUUACGCAUUGCCGUCAACAUACUCGUCGGUAUAAUGCUGGGCUCUGUCUUCCUGCGAUCCGGCGCCGAUGGUUCGCGCGUUUGGGACAAUUACAAUCUUCUUUUCUCAAUUCUGGUCCAUCACAUGAUGACGACGAUGAUGCUCACUGUAGUGACGUUUCCGAUGCAGAUGUCUAUCUUACUAAAAGAAAAUUUUAACAGAUGGUACAGCUUGAAGGCGUUCUAUACCGCUAUAACAUUGAUCGACGUGCCAAUUUCGAUAAUAUGCUGCAUCGUUUUCUCAAUAAUUGUGUAUCUCAUGUCAGCGCAGCCGUUGGAGUUUAUUCGAUUCUUCAUGUUCCUGGCUAUUAGCAUGCUGGUUGCAUUUAUAGGUCAAGGUACCGGUCUCAUGAUAGGCUCUGCAUUUAACGUAGUGAAUGGAACAUUUAUGGGGCCAACAUUGGCAGUGCCGUUGAUGAUGUUCGCCGGAUUUGGCGUGACUUUACGCGAUCUACCAAACUAUCUAAAGUGGGGAAGUUACAUCAGUUAUUUAAGAUAUGGUCUAGAAGGAUUCGUUGGAGCCAUUUACGGUCUUGACAGACCGGUUCUAGAUUGCAAAGAGAAGGGCGAGCUGUACUGUCACUAUAGAUAUCCCUCCAAAUUUCUCUCCGACAUCGCUAUGAGGGGGGAUCAAUUCUGGACCGACGUUAUCGCGCUGAGCACGAUACUAAUCAUUACUCGGUGCGGCGCGUAUCUGCUUCUACGAUGGAAGAUUGUAUCGUAUCGAUAAAGCCGAUGUGCUGCGGAUGGAUCUUCGCAAGAAAAUAAAACUAUUUUUUUUUUUUCAUUCAGAUUACACGUGGUUGCGAGUCGUACGUGUUUAAUCUUCGAAUUUACAUCUGAAAUGGAAACCGGAAUUGUAUUCUCGCCAAACCCAAAUAUUUUCUUUUUCUUUUUCGUUUGAUUGAACAAUUGAUUAGUCAUUCAUUUUGUCUCUGUCAGACCGUAUAUAUUUUUAUUAUUAUCGAAACUUAUCCCCGAGCUGGUAUUUAUACAGCGAAGGGAGUGCCAUAAACUUUUUAAAUACUUGAUGGUAUAUAAUCUUUUUAUAUAUACAUAUACAUAUCUUUAAAAUUCAUGAGAUUGUAAUCUCUUGAUAGUCGCGAGUGAAUGAAAACGUGAGACUGUGUAGGCUUGUGUAUGUACGUAUAUAAACAUAUCCGGAAAUGCAUAUCGAGAUACCGAAGGGUAUUGAGAAUAAUGAUGAUAUAAUAUACGUACACAUCGAUAUCAUUAGCGAACAGUGCGAUGACUGUAUUUAAUCUUUAUGCUCGAAUGUGAUAUUAUAGAUGCUGCAUAAGGAAGUUGUGCGUGGUGAUAUUAAUAUGGUAAAUUAGUAAGAUAUAUUCUUUUAAACUUGAGUUCAAUUGCUUCUAUUAUAGCCCUGACAUCUGAUGAUUUUAAGUCACCCGAGAUUUCGAUAAGCGAAUACGUCAAAUGGAGCUGAAUCAGGUUAUAUUUGAUAAAAUGCGUUAAAGAAUGCGAUACGCAAAUGAAAACGCACGCACGUUUAUUAAGUAAUUCAUAUAAUAUUAUUAUAAUAUUUUUCAAGAAUUUUGAUAGAACGUUUGUCAAGUACCGUAUUAUCAAAAUGUCAUUUUCGAAUUAUUCCAGACAUUUGAAGAAAUAUAUUGAAUUAGUAAGAUGC